AUGUCAGUCAACCCGCGCAAGAGAAAGGUAGUGACGCGUCCGGCGCCCGAGCCCAGUGACUCGGAAGGUGAAUUGGCCGACGGACUGCUCGAGGGCAUCCUGUCGCAUUCCGAGGACGACUCGGACGACAGCCAAGAUGAAGGCGCCGAUACCGAUGCUAGCAGUGUGAUCGAGGGUCUUUCUGACGAAGACGAAGAGGAGGAGGAAGAUAGCGAUGCAGAGCAGAUUCGUGAGGAAAUGCGCAACUUGAAUACCUCGGAUGUUCCACUGCGCAAGAAGAAUGGCGUACCUACACAUGAGAUGGAUCUGGACGUAAAUGGUGGCGCAACCGGGGAAUUGGACGAUGACGAAGACCUGAAGCCCAACUACACCGUCACCACCGACGCGCACGGCAACACUCGCUACAUCUACAAAGAGAUCGACCCAGUCUACGAAUCUGACGAUUCUGACGCCGAAGCUACCAACACGAUCGGCAACAUCGACCUCAAGUACUACGAUGAAUACCCGCAUAUUGGCUACGAUAUCAACGGCAAGAAGAUCAUGCGCCCGGCAAAGGGAGAGGCGCUGGAUGCGCUGUUGGACAGCAUCGACAUACCCAAGGGCUGGACAGGCUUGACGGAUCCCCAGACGGGAAAACCGCUGAACCUGUCGCCCGAGGAGCUCGAUGUGCUCAAGAGGCUCACAAGGAACGAGAUCGUGGAAGAUGGUUACGACCCAUACCCAGAGAUGGUCGCUUACUUCUCUGGUGUCAACACGGAGAUUAUGCCACUGAGCGCUGCGCCAGAGCCCAAGCGAAGAUUCAUCCCCUCCAAGCACGAGGCGAAGCGCGUCAUGAAAAUCGUCAAGGCGAUUAGGGAAGGCCGCAUCAAGCCAUACCGGGCACCGGAGGAGCAGGAGGAAGAGCAAGACGUUUUCACCUUUGACGUAUGGGCGGACGAGAAGCCUCGCCCCGACAACACAAUGCACAUCCCAGCACCCAAGCUGCCACCGCCUGGCUACGAAGCGAGCUACCACCCACCGCCCGAGUACUUGCCAGAUAAGGUUGAGGAGCAGAAGUGGUUGGAGCAAGACGAUGAGGAGCGGGAGACGGACUUCCUGCCCAAGAACUACGAUGCGCUGCGCAAGGUUCCUGGUUACGAGACAUUCGUCAAGGAACGAUUUGAGCGAAGCUUGGAUCUCUACUUGGCUCCCCGUAUCCGGAGAAACCGACUCAACAUCGACCCUGAAUCACUGCUACCUAAGCUGCCGAACCCUGAAGAGCUCAAGCCUUUCCCGACUACAUGCGCAGCGAUAUACCGCGGACAAGAAGGACGUGUUCGAUGUGUUUCGGUCGAUCCUAAUGGCAUCUUUGUUGCCAGUGGAGGUGACGACGGCUACGUAAGGGUCUGGGAGCUGUUGACAGGUCGCCAGGUCUGGAACGCAAAGCUAUCAGAUGAGGAGGCUGUGGAUGCAGUACAAUGGAGACCCACCAAGGAGACAUCCGUAGUAGCUGCUGCUUGCGGCGAGAACGUCUACCUAAUCGUACCCUUCACACUUCUUUCGCCGGAUGUUGAGCAAGCCAGUCGCGAGGUUCUCGACGCCGGUUGGGGUUACGCAGCCUCGAAGCCCACCACAACAACAUUUGGCGAGGCACCUAAAGCAGCACCAGGCAAGUGGAGUCGUCCAGGAGCCCGUUUGGAGAACAAGGGCGUUCUCGUCCAAAUCGAAGUCCGAGCAUCAGUCAAGAUAGUGAACUGGCACCGGAGAGGAGACUACUUCGCCACUGUAUCGCCCCGGGGUCAAAGCACAGCAGUAGCCAUCCACACCGUCUCGAAACACCUCACCCAACUGCCUUUCCGCCGCCUCAAGGGUAUCGCGCAAACCGCCCAAUUCCACCCCUCCAAAGCCAUAUUCUUCGUCGCCACCCGCAACACAAUCCGCAGCUACGAUCUCGCCAAGCAGGAACUCGUCAAGAUCCUGCAACCAGGUGCCAAAUGGAUUUCAUCCAUCGACGUGCACCCCGGUGGUGACAACAUCAUUGUCGGAACGUACGACAAGCGCCUCCUCUGGCACGACCUCGACCUCUCCAACAAACCCUACAAGACCCUCCGUUUCCACAAGGAAGCCAUCCGUUCAGUGCGCUUCCACCAAGGCGGUCUCCCCCUCUUCGCCGAUACCUCCGACGACGGCACCAUCCAGAUCUUCCACGGAAAGGUCGUGGGAGACCUCAUGGAGAACGCUACUAUUGUUCCUUUGAAGGUACUGCGCGGACACAAGAUUAAGAGCAGGUUGGGUGUUAUGGGUCUGGAUUGGCAUCCGAGGGAGCCGUGGUGUGUGUCGGCUGGUGCGGAUGGCACGUUGAGGCUGUGGAGCUAG